CGUUAUAUAUCAUUAAAAAAUCGCUAAAAGAAAUUUCCUAUUUGAAAGUGGACAACAAGAUAUGUAGAUUAGGCAGUCAUCUAACUACCAACCAACUAAACAGUGGCAAACGCAUACAUACAGGAGGGGAACAUAAGUCUUAUCAGUAUCAUCCAUGGCCUCCUCUGCUCUCCCUCCACCACUCUCCCCACCUUCAACCAACGCUACAGCCACUAACAAUAACCCUUCCCAUUUCAUCAUCUCCUCCCCACCCCCUAACCCAACUCUCAAAACUCCCACCAUCCGUUCCCGCCUCAGCAAAAUAUGCCAGCAAGGUCAACCACAUCUCGCCCGCCAACUCUUCGACACAAUUCCCCAACCAACAACAGUUCUUUGGAACACUAUCAUCAUUGGUUAUAUUUGCAACAACAUGCCCCAAGAAGCCCUUUUAUUCUAUUCCCACAUGAAGAAUUCCUUCCCUCACACCAAAUGUGACUCUUAUACUUACUCCUCUGUGCUCAAAGCUUGUACUCUAUCACGGAAUCUUCGCAUAGGUAAAGCCGUUCAUUGCCAUUUUAUUCGGGGUUUAACCAACCCCAGUAGGAUUGUGUAUAAUGCUUUGUUGAAUUUUUAUGCUACUUGUUUGAGUUCUAUGGAUAAUAAGGAAAUGGGUGGUUAUAGUAAAGGCUUUGAUUAUUUGAAACAUGAUUUGGUAUGUAAAGUAUUUAAUAUGAUGCGUAAGAGAGACGUGGUAGCUUGGAAUACUAUGAUUUCGUGGUAUGUGAAGACGGAGAGAUAUUUGGAAGCUGUUAUGCUGUUUAGGAAUAUGAUGAAAACGGGGAAAAGACUCAGUGGAGUUAGUUUUGUUAAUGUUUUCCCAGCCUUAUCCGGUUUAGAGGACUAUAAUAAUGCUGAAGUUCUUUAUGGGAUGCUUCUGAAGCUGGGUAGUGAAUUUGUUGGUGACUUGUUUGUUGUCAGUUCAUCCAUAUUCGCUUUUGCAGAGCUUGGUUGUCUUGAUUUUGCUAGGAAGAUCUUUGACAGUUGCUCGCAGAGAAAUAUAGAGAUUUGGAACACUAUGAUUGGAGGGUAUCUUCAAAAUAAUUGUCCAGUUGAAGGAAUUAAGCUUUUUCUUCAAGCUAUAGAAUCGGAAACUGUUUUUGAUGAUGUUACUUUUCUCUCAGCAUUAAGUGCAGUUUCACAGUUGCAGCGGUUGGACUUGGCACAUCAGCUACAUGCCUACACAAUUAAGAAUUUACACAAAUUGCCAGUUAUUGUAGCCAAUGCAAUACUUGUCAUGUAUUCCAGGUGCAAUUCAAUCAACACAUCAUUUGAAGUUUUUGAUAAGAUGCCUGAAAGAGAUGUCAUUUCUUGGAAUACCAUGGUUUCUGCUUUUGUACAGAAUGGCUUGGAUGAUGAAGGGUUGUUACUUGUAUAUGAGAUGCAGAAGCAAGGUUUCUUGGUUGAUUCUGUGACUGUAACUGCUCUCCUUUCAGCAGCAUCAAAUCUUAGAAACCGGGAAAUUGGAAAACAGACCCAUGCUUAUCUUCUUAGGCGUGGCAUUCAAUUUGAGGGGAUGGAUAGUUAUAUUAUAGACAUGUAUGCUAAAUCUGGCUUGAUUAGGAAUUCACAACUACUUUUUGAAAAUAGCAAUUCUAGCAAUAGAGAUCAAGCCACAUGGAAUGCUAUGAUUGCUGGUCUUGCACAGAAUGGGCUGAUUGAAGAAGCCAUUGUUGUCAUUAGACAAAUGCUUCAGCAAAAUGUAAUGCCCAAUGCUGUGACAUUGGCAUCAGUUCUCCCAGCUUGUAGUCUAAUGGGGAAUAUAGAUUUGGGAAAGCAACUUCAUGGGUUUUCUGUUCGUAAUUUGUCAGACCCAAAUGUCUUUGUGGGCACUGCAUUAGUUGACAUGUAUUCCAAGUCUGGUGCCCUCAUACUUGCUGAAAACAUGUUUUUUAAUAUCCCCGAAAAAAAUUCUGUCACGUAUGCCACAAUGAUAUUGGGUUAUGCUCAACAUGGGAUGUGUGAGCAAGCUCUCUCUUUGUUUCGCUUGAUGCAGGCAUCUAGCAUUCAGCCUGAUGCCAUCACCUUUGUUGCAGUCUUAUCAGCUUGUGGUUAUGCUGGGUUGGUUGAUGAGGGCCUUUAUAUAUUUAAGUCAAUGGAGAGAGAGUUUAACAUCCAGCCCUCAACUGAGCAUUACUGUUGUGUUGCUGACAUGCUAGGUAAGAUUGGGAGGGUGGAUGAAGCCUAUGAGUUUGUUAAACAAUUAGGUGAAGAGUGUAAUUCCUUGGAGAUUUGGGGAUCGCUUCUUGCCGCUUGCAGGCUUCACCAAAAAUCUGACUUGGGUGAAGUUGUGGCCAAGAAGUUGCUUCAAAUGGAUAUAGGAAAAAGCACUAUAGGCUAUCAUGUGUUGCUCUCAAAUAUGUAUGCAGAGGAAGGAAACUGGAAAAAUGUUUACAGAGUGAGGAAAGAACUGAAGGAAAAGGGUAUGAGAAAGGAUGUUGGAUGUAGUUGGAUUGAGGUUGCAGGUUGUGUGAACUAUUUUUCUUCCAAGGAUCAAGAUCACCCCCAAUCUAACAAGAUAUAUGAAUUGUUAGAAGGACUACCAAGGAAAUGAAAAUAUGUUGAUUAUUAUAAAUCCUUUGAAUAAUUCUUGUCUCCUAGGACUUUCUGAAUUUGAUGAGUGAAGAGGGGCAUAACUUGCGUAUUAUGAUGACACCAUGGGAUUACAAGAGGGGGAUGUACAUGAUUUGGCUCUGGAUACAGACAAGUGGAUUGGCUGGUGUAUGGCUACUUCUUUUGGGAAUGUUUUGCAGAUAUCUUACACAUUGUGGGAUUCUUUGUCCAAUUUGAAAUUUUGGAGCUUUGUUAAUAUCUGGCUAAGAUUUGGAGCAAGUCAGUAGUGGCUUGUUUGGGCAGGUUGUCAAUCUCUGCUGGCAAAACCCCUUGAAACUGUGUUUGGUGUUUAACUCGAGCAUUAGAAAGUGAGUUGCUUUAGAUUCUAAGCUGGUCAAAUCAUGAAAAUGGCCUCAUCUUCAUUUUCAGGUGGCGAGUUCUAACCUUUAAAUCAAGAUUUAACUGAGAACAUCGGCAACCAUUCCAUUGUUUUCUAUUUAAAUAGAAGAGGGAAAAGUUUCCAGUAAAGGGAUGUGUGGGAGUGGUUAUGCCUGAUCCAAGAGGUAACUAAAUCUUUUACUCAUCAAUACCCGUAAAUGGAUUAGGCUUUCUCCAUUUUCAGAGUAUGAAUAAACUCCUUUGAUGAAUUUUCCACUGAUCAGAAAAUGGCACAAUGGAUUACUUACAAUAAUUAAGUAGUGGAAUUUUGGUUGUGUAAAUAUAUAUUUUUGUUUUGGAAUUCACUAAUGGCUAAGGGGUAUAAAAAAUCACUAAACUAUAAUUAGAAAAUCAUUUAAGUUUUUAUU